AUGGUUGCAAAAACUAUGGCUGUUCAGUUUCGAGGAAUUUGUCUGUUUGUGCAAAAUUGCCAAGAAUUCCAAGAAUUGAUGUCUGUUUACGUGACAAACUGUGCAGGACGCUCGAGUAAGGCAGCGAAAGUCAUUGCACAUCGAAAUCAGUGGUUACGCGUGGUGCAAACGAUCCGCCUGAACCCCCUCGAAGCGAAGAGUAAUAAUAAAAGAAGAAAGCAAUGCAACCCCCACGACAAGGAGAGCGACUAUUGGGGCGGCGGACGAGGCGCGAAACAAGGUUACGAGGCGAAAAUGAACGCGGACCACGGCCAACUGCAGAAAGGUGAGUUGUCGCUUUUGCCUUCUUCCAUCCUAAUUGGAUCUCUUAAUCGUCCGUGAACGUAUG